UCCCUUUUUCCCUCCCUCCACCCACCCACCCAUCCAUCCAUCCGUCCGCUCACCCACCCACCCCCGCCCGCCCUCCAUGGGCCGGCGCGGCCGGCGCUGAGCGCCGGGAGGCAGCGCCCGGCGGCGCCCGGCUGCCGCGAUGAGCGGCGGGGAGGUGGUGUGCUCGGGCUGGCUCCGAAAGUCACCGCCGGAGAAGAAGUUACGGAGAUACGCAUGGAAGAAGCGCUGGUUCGUCCUGCGCAGCGGUCGGAUGAGUGGCGACCCCGAUGUCCUGGAGUACUACAAAAAUGACCACUCCAAGAAACCUUUGCGUGUCAUCAACCUCAAUUUCUGCGAGCAAGUGGACGCGGGCCUCACCUUCAACAAGAAGGAGCUGCAAGACAGCUACAUCUUCGACAUCAAGACGAGCGACAGGACCUUCUACCUGGUGGCUGAGACUGAGGACGACAUGAACAAAUGGGUCCGCAGCAUCUGCCAGAUCUGUGGCUUCAACCAGUCCGAGGAUAACACAGACACCCUGAGGAGCAUCGCCUCCAUGAACCACGCCCCGCGCUCCUCCCCAGCAGAGCUCAGCAGUGCCAGCCACCACCUACUGCGAGAGCGCAAGUCCUCGGCGCCAUCCCACUCCAGCCAGCCCACCCUGUUCACUUUCGACUCACCUGCCAGCCACCUCCAGAGCACCCUGUCUGCCAGUGCCCCCCAGGACUACCUUUUCCUGCACCAGUGUAUGAGCAAAAAGUCAGAAAAUGCAAGGAGUGCCAGCUUCUCCCAAGCCACAAGGUCUGCCUUCUUCAUGCGGAGCGACACGGCGGUCCAGAAGCUCUCGCAGGGCAACGGGCACUGCAUGAACGGCGUUGGUGGGCAGCUCCACGGCUUUUACAGCCUGCCAAAACCCAGCCGGCACAACUCGGAGUUCAGGGACAGUGCCUACGACCUCCCGCGCUCCUUUGGCUCCUACACCCACCCCAAGUCGAGCCUCACCAGCUCCGAAACUGAUAAUGAGGAGGUCUACACCUACAAGACUCCCAACAACACCCUAUGCAAGGAGUUUGGGGAGCUCUCCACGGACUCCUAUGACAUCCCUGCCACCCCACUCUCUAUCUACCAGAUCCCCAGGACAUUUACACUGGACAAGAACCACAAUGCUCUGGCUGUGGCCGCCAGCGACUCACCCGCUGCACCACCCCCACGGCCCCCGAAACCUGGGCAGACAGAGCCACGGUGGGGCAGUCCACCCCAGCGGCCCCAGCCUGGUGAAAAUUUAGGUCUCACCCCCAUGGCAGCCACCAUUCCCCGGAGAAACACGCUGCCAGCAGUGGAGAACAGCAGACUGCACCGAGGUGAAUUUGGAGCUUCUUCUUGUGAGACGUACGAGUACCCCCAGCACGGGGGCGGCAGUGCUGUGCAGUCAGUGGAGUCCAUGAAUGAUGGCUACCACUCCUACCUGCAGGCCAAGGCAGCAGUGGCCCGCUCCCACAGCACCGACUCCGAGGACAACUAUGUCCCCAUGAACCCUGGUUCCUCGCCCCUAAUCCACGCCGAGAAAGCCAACGACAAUGCCCAAAGUCUCUACAUCCCCAUGAGCCCUGGGCCACAUCACUUUGACCUGGUGGGGCUGUCCUCAGCCACCCUUCCUGUGCAUAAAGGAGGAGCCGUGGCUCAGUGCCACCGACGGCUGAGUGAAAUCCAGCCCCCACCAGUCAACCGCAACCUCAAACCCGACCGGAAAGCAAAGCCAUCACCGCUGGACCUGAGGAACAACACUGUCAUUGAUGAGCUUCCCUUCAAAUCACCAGUCACAAAAUCCUGGUCCAGGCCAACGCAGACCUUCAACGCGGGCUCUCUGCAGUACUGUCGCCCUGUCUCCUCCCAGAGCAUCACCAGCACUGACUCGGGGGAGAGCGAGGAGAACUACGUGGCCAUGCAAAACCCCAUUUCUGCUUCUCCUGUUCCUAGUGGUACCAACAGCCCAGCACCUAAAAAGAGUUCGGGGAGUGUGGAUUACCUGGCCCUGGACUUCCAGCCAAGCUCACCAGGGCCACACAGGAAGCCCUCCACCUCAUCGGUCGCCUCAGAUGAGAAGGUUGAUUACGUGCAAGUGGACAAGGAGAAGACACAGGCGCUGCAGAGCACCAUGCAGGAGUGGACUGAUGUGCGGCAGUCCUCGGAGCCUGCCAAGAGCAUGAAGCAGUAGUGCCUGCGGCAGGCAGCGAAACAGGCGAAUGUCCCGUUGGUUUUCCCCAGCUGUGGCCCCGCUGGGCUGCCAGAUCCACUUGGGCUGGAUUCCUAAGACUUGUCUGUGGAGGGGAGGGGGUGUCGUUGUUUUUUUUUUUCUCUUAAAACAAAACAAAACUUAAUUUCAGGGGAAGACGUGGCGGAUACUGUUUGCCAGUGAUAAAGACCAACUAUGUUUGGUGGCUAGGUUUGUGCUUUAGCUGCUGGAUGCACUAUCCAGGAACUUUGACUUAGCAAUACCAGGUUUCACCCUACACAUCUUUUCCUUACAGCUAUUAAAGCCACCUUGUAUGUUCUAACACUUCAUCAUCUCUUCCCGUCUUCUUCCAUAUCAUACCCUAAACCAUGCCAUGCAGGUUUGCAGCAUCUCCCAUAGGAUACCAUUGCCCAGCUCUGAUUCUCCACUCCUUAUGGUUGUCCUCUUCUCUGCCUCCUCUCAGUCCCACAACUGAGCAAGGACCAUUGCUUUUGAAAUCACUUUUGUUGUCCUGUCUCUUGUAAAUAAUAUGUUCAAAACCUCUGAGCGCUGUUCUGCUCCUGGCUGGACAGCCCCCAAGGUUUUGGGUGGGGUUGUUAACACAACCCCAGCUUGGAGGAUGGAGCUUGGGGGGGUUGUUAACACAACCCCAACUCCAGGAUGGAGCUUGACACACCAUCCACACCAUCCCAUUGAACUGACUUAGGAGCCUGGACUUGCCCCAUCAUAACACACGCAUGCAUGCCAGCACAUGCUCUCAUGAGUUUGUUGGGGCGUCUUCUGUUUAUAUUCUCCAUUAACUCUCGAAGUGAAUGGGCUGGAGAGAUUGAUUUUGGAAGGGCUGGAGGGAUUGGCUUUGGAAGGUAGAAUUUAAGCACUGACCCGCUGCCUGUCUGAAACCAAUUCCUGUGAAUCUGACCCUAAAAACCAAAAUUUGCCUUUUGUGGCACCAAAAGAAGCCCAUAGAGUGAGAGUCCUACAUUGUGGCCAUUGUGAGAAGUUCUGUGGUUGAGUAUGAGGGGGCAGGAAGGCUCUGGAGGCCCUGAGUAAGUGGACUGGCAUAAGGAUGAGUGACAAGAAGGGAGUGGAAGGCUGCUGUGAGGACUGGGAGAAGGCAGGUGGUGUACUGCAGAGGUUGGUCCUGGGUGAAGAGGUUUAGUGGAAUGUUUCUUGGAAGAAAGAAGAAGAGUAAUUGAAAUGUUGGUUGAUGGUGAGGUCAUAGGCUUGGGAAGAGGUUGGUCAGGAGAGUCAGGGCAGGGCGUUUCCGUAGGAGCUUUAAUGUAGCAUUGUGGUUGGUUUGUGGAGGGUGCAAAAGGCUGAACUGUUUUCAUCUUCAGCAAUGUUUCUUCAACACAAAACUGGGGCAUGCUGACAUUAGUGGCCCUAGGCUCUAAUUAGGGGCGGGAGUCUGCUGUUGUCCCUUGCCAGCAUCUUUAACACAUCCAGGCUUUGGGAUCGCUUGCCAGGCAGCUGCUGAGCACAGAGAGAAGAGAAGGAUGAGACAGUUUAAUGCAGAGAUAAUAAUUCAUGAUCUCAUGAAAACAGGAAGAACUAAUGAUUGCCAUGGAGCAGCCUGAUUGCCAGACAGCAAGCGCUGACACGAAUAAACAGGCUGACCGCAAACCAAGAGCCAAAUGAAGGAGACAUUAGAAAGAUUAGGUAAUAAUAUUUAUUAAAGAGCUAGAGCUAUUCUUUCUGCAAGCUGAACCCCUCCCAGCACCGUGGGCUCUGUGUUCCACCAACACCACCAAGUUGUAUUGAUCAUUAAUGCUUAAGCAUUAACACAUUUGCUUAAUCUUGGUCUGAGCUUGGAAAGGGCCAGACGUGACCCACAUGGGGAUAGGAUACCAGUCCCUUAAGGGCUGUGUGCUGCUCUGUGCUGGUAAAAUAAGUUGUGAACUUUCUACACCAUUUUGUGUUUUCUUCUCACAUGCCAUGAAAGGGCAGGAUGUUAAUGGAAAAGCUCCAACAACCCUGUUGAGACAUUGAAGUGUUGGACUUUUAUAAAAACAAUGAAGCAAAUACCCUAAUGUUUAUGCUAAAAAUAAUAAUUACUAGAAGGGAAAAAAAACCCAAAGCCCCAAAGGGGAAGAUGUAGCUCAGUCAGAUGCUUUCUAAAGGUCAGGGCGGGUGUUACAGCCUGCAAGGGCCGUUGCCUCCUGCUGGAGGCUUGCACACUUGCCUGGUGAGUUGGCAAAAUGAAGACUAGAAUGCAGUACUUCAUAUUUCUAUUUCCCCUUUCAUCUCUGCAUCUCAGGGGAGACUAAACAUUGGACCUGAUCCAGAGCCCACUGAAGUGUGCAUUCAUUCAUCUGGGAGAGAGCUCCCCAUCCCCACUAAAAAGAAUGUCACUCUACUGGGAAGCUGAUUUUUUCCUAUUUCUUCUUCAAAGCUGUUAGCUUUAGUGGCUUGAGAGGGAGCACAGUGAGUUUGAAUGCAGUUUGCAGAGUGGGUGCCCCAUGCUUCUGCACUGGGAUUAGGUGCACCCAGUGCCCACUCCACGUUUCAUCCAAGGUGUUAAUUAAGACUGGAAAAGCCUUUUGUGGGACUGGAGAAACUAGACCUUUUUCUCCACGUUUCACAAAUGCUUUUGUUCAUGGGGCAGCCAUUGGCAUGGGAUAGCUCUUUUCCCAGGCUCAGACGCUGUGUUUUUGCUCUCAUGAACAUCUGUAGUAACUGGUCCAUUGCAUUUGGCAGACCAAGGAUCAGAACGGCCCAAAAGCAGCUACUUAACAACUGCUGGUUGCUGGCCCCUCUGUCCUUUGCGGUGAAGUCUGUGUUUUCACUGAAACAGAUACAUUCCUCUGCCUUUUCCCCUGCAAAGCACCAAGCAAACAGCACCACCAAACUAAGCAGAAGCCCACAGACUCUGUGCCACAUAGACAUGACUGAAUCAACCCCUCCUGAAAGCAUUAAGUAAUCAAUGGCUUCAGUGGAAAUAGUCACCCAUGAUGAUUGCCAAGCUGAUUACAGCAGUCCCUUGUGAUUAAUGUUUGUGCAGUAUUUAGUCUUAAACCAUACUGAAAAGCAGCUGCUUUAAUUACACGAACUGCCAAGAACUUUGUCCUGAAGGCAUUGAGUUUAUCACAUCCACUUUAUACUUGGAUUCUCAAGUAUGACAGGCUCCUUUGUUAGAAAUAGGUAUUUAAGGAAACUGAGAGCAUUGCAAAUUAUUCAUUUUGAUUGAAAUUAAACUGGCUCGAGCCUGCACGUCAGAGCCUGCUCCACAGCUCUAUAGUUCAAUUUAGAAAAGGGAUGUGCUUUCAUGUGUGUGUGCUCAUGGAGAAGGGUUGUCUGUGGAACAAGCACCGUGACCUCAAUGUUUAGUUUUAUGGAGCACCAGGUCCUUGGCUCAAAGCUUUCCCCAAGCUUGAAAAUUACUAAGCAGGUGGUUUUAAAAGCAAAAGUCUCCAAGAGUGUGUAUCCCUUGCUGAGAGUAUGCAAAUGCUGCUCAUCAUUCCUCUGUCUGGUGAGAUGUGUGAGCUGCCUUGGAGCUGAUUUGCUCUGAACUGGCAUUUGAGUGUUCAGUGGGAAAUACAUUUCCAGCUCUAAAUGGAUACCAGGCUUAGGCUUAGUCUCAAGUUGGCAAAAGAGAAUAAUGUAUGAGUGCAGAGUGUGCCAGGGCAAAGCUGAGUGUCUGGCAAAUAGGGCCAAAUGCAGAUUCAGAACCAAAAGAUAGGGAAGGCUUGGCUUGGCUUGUCUGGGAGCUAACUGGGAUGGAUUUGAACUCUGGGCCACCAGCCACUGGCAAGGGUGAGAUAUGAGAGAAUAUGAGGUUGGGACAAGAGAAGGCAGGGGAGUUUGCCAGUAAGGUUUGGGUCUUGGUCCUCACAAUGUGCUCUUUUGUCCCGUGUCUUGAGUCAGAUGUGCAGAGAUUUGUGGAUUGCUCAGUAGAAGCCAUGCACUGAUGGGACAGGAGCUUCCACCACUCGCAGGCACUUCACUCUCAAGGGGGUCAUCCUGCCUGACAAUGUGAUGCCUGUGCUCUGGCAUUCAGUAAUGCUUGGGCCACUCGCCCAGCUCUGAGCUGGGCAGGAGAAACCCUACAAGAAAUGUGUGGGGACCAGGACAUGCUGGGAGACACCUUGCUGAGGGGCUCCCAUGAGCUGUUUGUGGGGCAGCAGUGCCAUGGUUUCACAGGGUUGUCCCUUGAGGUGCCAUCUUCAUCUUUGGAGUUUUUUAAGACCAGUCUAGGUAAACCCCAUAGCUGACCCUGCUUGGAGCAUCUCUUCCACACUGAGACCCUGUGCUGCUGGGGUUGAGUAGAGACUCCUCUAUGUGAGGGAGGGGGCCCAAGGGGUUGCUUAGAGCCCUGUAACAUCCAAAACAGGGAUAGGGCCGCUUCUCUGGCCAUGAAGCCAAGUGGCAAGGCACACAGCUCAACCCCUUAGGCCAUGCUCCCCAGUGAGAAGACCUAAUCCCCACUGGGCCAUCCCUUGCACCUGGGAAAGGGCUGGCUGGCCCAGAACAGGUCAUCCAGGACAUGGACAGGCAGUUCUAGCAACUGGGAGACAGCUUGAACCUGUACAUUUUUUAGGCUAGAUCCAGACCUCUCAGCAAACCCAUGCCACCUCCACACCCUGGCAUACCAGGAAGAGUUGGCUUGCUUUGGCUAUACAAUGAUCAUGGCUCCUUGGGUGGGGAGGGGGCUACAGUCAUGCCCAGGUCUUAUGGAAGUUAUUAAAAUAGUUCCCAGGUGCUGUCUGAACUUUCUGGCCCAGGAGGCAAGUAAAAGGAUGGUUUUCUCAAGUUGUGCUUGCAUUGUGUUGGUGUUUUCCCACCUGGUGAUGUAAAAGUUCCAUUCCAUGUAAAAGCUGACACCCACAGUGUGUGUGCUGUUGGAGGGAUGCUGUCUAGGUGAGGUGGAUGCAGCAGAGCUGUGAUUAUGGAGAAGCCCAAGUUCUACAGGAAGGGGGAAGAGCAAAGGCACCAGCCAGAGAACACACAUGGCUGUCAAAGAGCUGUCAAGAAAAUCAGAGGGACCAGUCCAGCAUCAAAUCACAAGGGCCAAUAAGCCAGUUUAAGGCCUCUGACGAGUCUGGGUGUCUCUCUUCUCUGCCCAACCUUCCCACAUGUACAUAAUGAUCUUGCAGCUGUUAAUAAGGCUCUUGCAGGUCAAGAUGUGCACUUUUUGAUCAUGAUUCCUCCUUGGUCUGGAGCAGUUCAUCCCUCUAUCAUCCUGUCCUUGGUGUCUCAUCAUUGUAGUCACAAUUUUAUCUCCUUGUUCACAGCUCCUAGUGUUGUACUGUUGAUCAGGUUGCUGAUUUAGUGUCUUCUCUUGAGAAAAGUUGAUAUGUAGCAAGGUGUCACAAUACAGAUGUCCCCUCCCAGCCCACGGCCAGCUGGUCCUGGCACGUGGUGUUCAAGUUUUAACACCAGCCACUAAUAUCUGAAACAGAAGCUGGGCCACAUGGCUCCAUCUCUUUAGCGAAAAAAGCUUCUCAACAGACUUGCUCCCAAUCAGCAGGCUCUUAAUUUUUGAUGUAGCCCAUUGCUAACAUAUAACAAGUUCAUUUGUAGGCCAGUGGGUUGACCAUAUGGGAGAGGUUUGCCCCCAGACCAGGAGAUAAGAAACCAUCAUUUUUAUUGUCAUUCUCUGGGUGACACCACACUGUAUCUUCAUGUGGGACGAGAGGGUUCAUGUGAACUCUGUAUCCUGCUUUUUCUCCGGCUUGUAAAAUGAAGGUUUUUAGUACUUAUUUCCCCACCUCACAGAUGUGUCAUGAGACGUAAUUAAUUGACAUCUAAUAAUGCAAAGAGCUGUUUUGAGUCUGCAGGCAAUGGCUUGGCAGCAUGUGGUGCUACCCUGUUGUCAUGCCCAGCAUCAUACAUGGCACCGACACAUCCCGCUCUGCAAAACUCAUUAAAAAGCCCUUCAUCCUUAACUGCCAAGGUGAAAAAAACUUGGCAGGAUUUUCUUCUGAGUGAGGGGGGUGGGGAAAUAUCAUUUGCACAGUUUUCAGCGUUCUGCUGCCACAUUUACCCUGGAAAUACGAUGGGUUUUUUGAGAGCAGUAUGGACGUGGUGGUUGAACCACGCUGCAGAGAGGGGAAGGGAGCAGGACCCUAGGCUCCACGGAGAGCCUGUUGAUGAAUCCCGUAGGGUUAGGACCAAACCUUUAGAGUAGUUAUAACCCACUCAAACGAGCCCUUGGCACAGUCAACAUGAUGUUGCCAUCAUUGUGUGGGAACUUUGGGCAUCAUUGUGUGGGAACAGACCCAGUCAGAUUAGGGUAGUUUUCUCCAUUUGUUUCUUAACCUGCUGCGAGGAGGGGUUGGAGCCCUGGCUGUGAAGCUGUUGCAUCAGCAGCCGAUUCGCAGGGAUGUUUUGUGUGUUUCAAAGCCUAUGACUGUUCUUAAAGAGGAGUAUUUUUAAUUUUUUGAUUUCCAUUUGUAGAAGGAAGGACAAGAGUAAUCUGUGGCAAACUGUACAGUAUGUGUCUUCUUGUGGUGUCACUGUUUGAAUGGUUAUUACGUUUUCAAAUCACUGUGGACAGCUAAUCACUUAAGUUAUUAAUUUAUUCUUUGGGGGGUUGUUGUUUGGUUGGUUUUUUUAAAAGUAAUUUGAAACAAUUAUUUAUCCUGUAAAUCAGUCUUGAGUGAAGCCUAGAUAAUACUUUUUUUGCUGUUAAUAAACAUGGUACAUGCCUGACGUGAA